AUGGAUGCAUUGAAUUCCAGAGAACAGCAGGAGUUCCAAAAGUUGGUGGAACAAAAACAAAUGAAAGAUUUCAUGCGUUUAUACUCCAACUUGGUUGAGAGAUGUUUCAGUGACUGUGUUAAUGACUUCACCUCCUCUAAAUUGACAAGCAAGGAACAAUCCUGUAUAAUGAGAUGCUCUGAGAAAUUCUUAAAACACAGUGAACGUGUGGGACAGCGUUUCCAAGAACAAAAUGCGGCUUUAAACCAAAGUUUGGGUCGUUAA